UGAUAUUCAUUCCCAUAUUUGGGUGACGAACAACCCUUAUUAAUGGAGAGGCAGCCUGGUGUCAGCCACUGGAUCCAUCAUUUCACUUGACAAAGGUUGACGGUCAAAGCCCAAGAUUUCUGUGGAGUGAAACAUCUCAGGUUAAAAAAUGGGUGACGCCGCUAUGGCAGAGUUUGGGCCUGCUGCUCCCUAUCUGAGAAAGUCAGACAAAGAGCGACUAGAAGCCCAAACCCGUCCCUUCGACAUGAAAAAGGAAUGCUUUGUUCCGGACCCGGAGGUUGAGUAUGUCAAAGCUUCCAUUACCAGUCGUGAUGGUGACAAAGUCACAGCUGAAACUGAGUUUGGAAAGACUGUCACAGUGAAGGAGUGUGAUGUACACCCUCAAAACCCGCCAAAGUUUGAUAAAAUUGAAGACAUGGCGAUGUUCACCUUCCUCCAUGAGCCUGCUGUGCUGUUUAACCUCAAAGAGCGUUACGCAGCAUGGAUGAUUUAUACCUACUCUGGGCUGUUCUGUGUGACUGUCAACCCCUACAAGUGGCUGCCAGUCUACAACCAGGAAGUGGUUGUUGCUUACAGAGGAAAGAAGAGGAGUGAAGCUCCUCCUCACAUCUUCUCCAUCUCUGACAAUGCCUACCAGUACAUGUUGGCAGACAGAGAAAACCAGUCAAUCCUUAUCACUGGAGAAUCUGGUGCUGGAAAGACUGUCAACACCAAGCGUGUCAUUCAGUACUUUGCAAGCAUUGCUGCUGUCCCAAGUGGGAAGAAAGAUCCAUCUGUUGAGAAGAAGGGUACCCUGGAGGAUCAAAUCAUUCAGGCUAACCCUGCUCUGGAGGCCUUUGGGAAUGCGAAGACCAUCAGGAAUGACAACUCUUCCAGAUUUGGUAAAUUCAUCAGAAUUCAUUUUGACAACAGAGGAAAGCUGGCCUCUGCUGACAUUGAGACGUACCUUUUGGAAAAGUCUCGUGUGACGUAUCAGCUCAAGGCUGAGAGGGACUACCACAUUUUCUACCAGAUCUUAUCUCAGGCAAAGCCUGAACUCCUGGAAAUGUUGCUCAUCACCAACAACCCCUAUGACUACGCCUUCAUCUCUCAAGGAGAGACAACAGUGGCCUCUAUCAAUGAUUCUGAAGAGCUGAUGGCCACUGAUGAUGCCUUCGAUGUUCUGGGCUUCACUCAAGAAGAGAAGAACAGCAUUUACAAGCUGACUGGUGCCAUCAUGCACUAUGGCAACAUGAAGUUUAAGCAGAAGCAGCGAGAGGAGCAGGCAGAAGCUGACGGUACCGAAGAUGCUGACAAAGUAGCGUAUCUGAUGGGCCUGAACUCUGCUGACCUCAUCAAAGGUCUCUGUCACCCCAGAGUCAAAGUAGGAAAUGAGUGGGUCACCAAGGGACAGAAUGUUGCUCAGGUAAAGAGUUUUUCAAGAAUAGUUUCAUUCAGUGAAGAAUUCAAUUUUCAAUAUACGGCUAAUUAUUUUCUUCCCAAGGUGUACUAUGCUAUUGGUGCACUGUCUAAGUCAGUGUAUGAGAAGAUGUUUCUGUGGAUGGUUGUGAGGAUCAAUCAGUCACUGGACACCAAGCAGCCACGUCAGUACUUCAUAGGUGUAUUGGACAUCGCUGGAUUUGAGAUCUUUGAUUUCAAUACCUUUGAGCAGCUGUGCAUCAACUUCACCAAUGAAAAACUGCAACAGUUUUUCAACCACCACAUGUUUGUGCUGGAACAGGAAGAGUAUAAGAAAGAGGGUAUUGAAUGGGAAUUCAUUGACUUUGGUAUGGACUUGCAGGCCUGUAUUGACCUGAUUGAAAAGCCCAUGGGCAUCAUGUCCAUCCUUGAAGAGGAGUGUAUGUUUCCCAAAGCCUCUGAUUCCACCUUUAAAGCUAAGCUCUAUGACAACCAUCUGGGGAAAUCUGCCAACUUUCAGAAGCCCAGGAUUGUCAAAGGGAAACCAGAGGCCCAUUUCUCCCUGGUUCAUUAUGCUGGAACUGUUGAUUAUAAUAUCAACAACUGGCUAGUGAAGAACAAGGAUCCUCUGAAUGAGACUGUUGUUACACUGUACCAGAAGUCUAAUCUCAAGCUGUUGGCUUUGCUCUUUGCAAAUUAUGCUGGAGCUGAUUCAGCUCAAGAGUCUGGUGGAAAGGGCAAAGGUGGUAGCAAGAAGAAAGGUUCAUCUUUUCAAACUGUAUCAGCCUUACACAGGGAGAACCUGAACAAGCUGAUGACCAACUUGAGGUCCACUCACCCUCACUUUGUACGCUGCAUCAUCCCCAAUGAGACCAAGACUCCUGGGGCCAUGGAGAAUCCUCUGGUGAUGCACCAGCUACGCUGUAACGGUGUGCUGGAAGGUAUUAGGAUCUGCAGAAAGGGCUUCCCCAACAGGAUCCUCUAUGGAGAUUUCAAACAGAGGUAUCGUAUUUUGAACCCUAAUGCCAUUCCUGAGGGACAGUUCAUUGACAACAAGAAGGCUGCCGAGAAACUGUUGGGUUCUCUGGAUAUUGAUCAUAACCAGUACAAACUGGGUCACACCAAGGUAUUCUUCAAAGCUGGACUUCUGGGUCAGCUAGAGGAAAUGCGAGAUGACCGACUAGCAUUAAUUAUCACUGGCAUCCAAGCCAGGUCACGAGGCCUUCUGGCAAGAAUUGAAUUCCAGAAGAUAGUUGAACGCAGGGAUGCACUACUUGUAAUCCAGUGGAACAUCCGUGCCUUCAUGGGGGUCAAGAAUUGGCCCUGGAUGAAGAUGUUCUUCAAAAUCAAACCUCUGCUAAAGUCAGCAGAAACUGAGAAGGAAAUGGCCAACAUGAAGGAAGAAUUCCUGAAGCUGAAAGAGGCUUACGCAAAAUCUGAAGCUCGUAGAAAGGAACUAGAGGAGAAAAUGGUCACUCUUCUUCAAGAGAAGAAUGACCUACAGCUCCAAGUCCAGGCUGAACAAGAUAAUCUUGGUGAUGCUGAAGAGAGAUGUGAAGGGCUGAUCAAGAGCAAGAUUCAGUUGGAGGCAAAAAUCAAAGAGCUGACAGAAAGACUGGAGGAUGAGGAGGAGAUGAAUGCUGAACUAACAGCUAAAAAGAGAAAGCUGGAGGAUGAAUGUUCUGAGCUGAAGAAAGACAUCGACGACUUAGAGUUAACUCUGGCUAAAGUGGAGAAAGAGAAGCAUGCCACUGAGAACAAGGUGAAGAACCUGACUGAGGAGAUGGCUGCUCUUGAUGAAAUCAUUGCCAAGUUGACCAAGGAAAAGAAAGCCUUACAGGAAGCUCAUCAGCAAACACUGGAUGAUCUUCAGAGUGAAGAAGACAAAGUCAACACUCUGACCAAAGCCAAGACUAAGCUGGAGCAGCAAGUGGAUGAUCUUGAGGGAUCCCUUGAGCAAGAGAAGAAAGUGCGUAUGGACCUUGAGAGAGCAAAGCGGAAGCUUGAGGGAGACCUGAAGUUGUCCCAAGAGAGCAUCAUGGACCUGGAAAAUGACAAGCAGCAACUCGAAGAGAGGCUGAAAAAGAAAGACUUUGAAAUCAACCAACUCAAUGGCAAAAUAGAAGAUGAACAAGCGAUGAGCGCCCAGCUCCAGAAAAAACUGAAGGAGUUGCAGGCCCGCAUUGAGGAGCUGGAGGAAGAGCUUGAAGCCGAGCGAGCUGCUCGAGCCAAGGUGGAGAAGCAGAGAGCAGACUUGGCCAGAGAGCUGGAGGAGAUCAGUGAGAGGCUGGAGGAGGCUGGUGGAGCAACAGCUGCCCAGAUUGAGAUGAACAAGAAGAGGGAGGCUGAAUUCCAAAAGCUUCGCAGGGACCUCGAAGAGGCCACUCUGCAGCAUGAGGCCACUGCUGCCACACUCAGGAAGAAACAAGCUGACAGUGUUGCUGACCUGGGAGAGCAGAUUGACAACCUACAGAGAGUCAAGCAGAAACUGGAGAAGGAGAAGAGUGAGCUCAGACUGGAGCUGGAUGAUGUGGUCUCCAACAUGGAACAAAUUGUGAAGGCAAAGAAUAAUUUGGAGAAAAUGUGCAGAUCUCUGGAAGACCAGAUGAAUGAAUAUAAAACCAAGUCAGAAGAGGGACAACGCACCAUCAAUGACUUCACCAUGCAGAAAGCAAAGCUUCAAACUGAGAAUGGUGAACUUGCAAGGCAACUUGAGGAAAAGGACUCCCUGGUGUCUCAACUCACCAGAGGAAAACAGUCCUACACUCAACAAAUUGAAGACCUAAAAAGACAACUGGAGGAGGAAGUUAAGGCCAAGAAUGCAUUAGCCCAUGCAGUGCAGUCUGCUCGUCAUGACUGUGACCUGCUCAGAGAGCAGUAUGAGGAGGAGCAGGAGGCCAAGGCUGAACUGCAGCGUGGCAUGUCCAAGGCCAACUCUGAGGUGGCUCAGUGGAGAACUAAGUACGAAACUGAUGCCAUCCAGAGAACUGAGGAACUGGAGGAGGCCAAAAAGAAGCUGGCUCAGCGUCUGCAGGAAGCUGAGGAGGCUGUUGAAGCAGUGAAUGCUAAAUGUUCCUCGCUGGAGAAGACCAAACACAGACUGCAGAAUGAGAUUGAAGAUCUCAUGGUGGAUGUGGAGAGGUCUAAUGCUGCUGCUGCUGCUCUGGACAAGAAGCAAAGGAACUUUGACAAGAUUUUGGCAGAAUGGAAACAGAAGUAUGAAGAGUCCCAAACAGAACUUGAGAGCUCCCAGAAGGAAGCCAGAUCUCUGAGCACUGAGCUCUUCAAACUGAAGAAUUCCUAUGAAGAAUCUCUGGAACAUCUGGAGACCAUGAAGAGAGAGAAUAAGAAUCUGCAGGAGGAAAUAUCUGACCUCACUGAGCAAAUUGGUGAGGGUGGAAAGAGUAUCCAUGAACUUGAGAAGAUUCGAAAACAGUUGGAGCAAGAGAAGUCUGAGAUACAAACAGCCCUGGAGGAAGCAGAGGCCUCACUGGAGCAUGAGGAAGGGAAGAUUCUCAGAGUCCAGCUUGAGUUCAACCAGGUUAAAGCUGAUAUUGAGCGCAAGCUGGCUGAGAAAGAUGAAGAGAUGGAGCAAGCAAAAAGAAACCAACAGCGAACUGUAGAUACCCUUCAGAGCUCUCUUGAGGCUGAGACUCGCAGCAGGAAUGAGGCCCUCCGUUUGAAGAAGAAGAUGGAGGGAGACCUUAAUGAGAUGGAGAUCCAACUAAGCCAGGCCAACAGGCAGGCAGCUGAGGCCCAGAAACAACUUAAGGCUGUUCAUGCUCAUUUUAAAGAUGCCCAGCUCCAGCUUGAUGACUCUAUGCGAGCCAAUGAUGAUUUGAAAGAGAACAUUGCCAUUGUUGAGAGGCGCAACAACCUGCUUCAGGCUGAAGUGGAGGAGCUCAGGUCUGCUUUAGACCAAACUGAGAGAAGUCGCAAACUUGCUGAGCAAGAGUUGUUGGAUGUUAGUGAGAGGGUGCAGUUACUGCACUCACAGAACACCAGCCUGAUAAAUCAGAAGAAGAAGCUGGAAGGUGAUGCAUCCCAGCUACAGACUGAAGUGGAGGAAGCAGUGCAGGAGUGCAGAAAUGCAGAGGAAAAGGCCAAGAAGGCCAUUACUGAUGCUGCCAUGAUGGCAGAGGAGCUGAAGAAAGAACAGGACACCAGCGCUCACCUGGAGCGUAUGAAGAAGAACAUGGAGCAAACCAUCAAAGACCUUCAGCACCGUCUGGAUGAAGCUGAACAGAUCGCCAUGAAGGGAGGCAAGAAGCAGGUGCAGAAGCUCGAGGCCAGGAUCAGGGAACUGGAAAGUGAAGUAGAGGCUGAACAAAGAAGGUCCAGCGAAUCUGUCAAGGGGAUACGAAAAUAUGAAAGACGAAUUAAAGAGUUGACCUAUCAGACAGAAGAAGAUCGUAAAAAUCUCGCCCGUCUGCAAGAUCUGGCAGACAAGAUGCAACUAAAGGUCAAGUCUUACAAGAAAGCUGCAGAGGAGGCAGAGGAACAGGCCAACACUAACCUUGCCAAGUUCCGUAAGCUUCAGCAUGAACUUGAUGAGGCUGAAGAGAGAGCUGACAUCGCUGAGUCUCAGGUCAACAAGCUACGUGCCAAGAGCCGUGAUGUGGGGUCGAAGAAAGGACACGAUGAGGAGUGAAGCUGGAAUGAAAUUCUUCCUUCUGAGGCACCUAUGUCUGAUUAGUGUCUCCCUAAGCAUGUCAGUUGUUCAGUAGAAUAAAAUUAAUCUGCGUCUGAAA